UAUACUAGAUAGCCACUUCCCGCGUACCUUUACAAAGAUGCAUGCGGAUAUAUCUGGAGGAUGCCACAGAUAUGAUUGGCAGUCUGCUGAACGCUACGCAGUUGCCGAGUCUAAGAGGACCGACGUCGUGGACUCCAUGCCGUUGGAGCCCAUCACCUAUCUGGUCAGUUGAAGUCCGAAAUCUGGGCGCAAGCCCAUUACUCGCACUCACUUUUGAAGUUCAAACGGCUGUGAUAUCACCAACUAUGUCGAAUAUGGGGACAACCACUCUGGGACUUCGUCUCAGUUCGUCUCCUUUCCUCCCUCGCAAAUUAUCGCUAGAACGAACACGUCAUAGCCCAUUUGGGUUCGUGCUGGCACUGGUGGGACCAAAGCGUCAGCUUG